GGUAACUCCUGACUGGCAUCAGGUAGAGAGGGAAGGACCCCUUUCCCGGUUUAAAGGACUCCAGCAGUAUUCGGAAUGAAAAUUUAAAAGUACCGUGUGUCCUGUUAAAUUUCCACUCACAACAUGAAACCAGUGUGCAGUGAAGGGAGAAAAGAGCUUUGAGUGAAGAGAUAUUCUUUUGCUUUUCAUAAAUUGCUUUUAAAAUCAUGAUCGGAUGAAGGUCACACAGGUAGUCGCUUGCACAGGUCUGCUGAAUGACUGACUGCAUUUGAACCAAGAAGGUGAGCUGCCGGAACACAAAUCCUUUAAAGGCAAUUUGAAAACGUCUCCACUCAGAACUCAGAGACACGGACCGUCAUUCUUGGAGUGAGUGACCCACGGACUGUACCCAUACUACCUCUGACCCAGGUGGAUGCGGCUGCGCAACUGAAACCCUCUUCCCUUCCGAUGUGUGGCGCGCAAUCCCGUGCGGGGCAGGAAAAGCCCACAGCAUGUGUUUUCAGACGUUUGCGCCCUUCAGUCCUUGGAAUUGGUUCCUAUUGUUAAUGGCCCUCAAGUGUUCUGAAGCAUCUUCUGAUAUGAAUGAAUCCACAAAUUCCACUGCCCAGCAUGAACCUAAUGUUCGGUUUGCAGCUUCCAGCUCAGAGCCAGAUGAGAAAAUACCUGUUUUUGCCCUGGAUUAUGACUAUGUGCAAAUUCCUUAUGAGGUCACCCUGUGGAUACUUCUAGCAUCUCUUGCAAAAAUAGGCUUCCAUCUGUACCGCAGGCUGCCGGGCUGCAUGCCAGAAAGCUGCAUCCUCAUCACAGUGGGCCUUCUGGUGGGCGCCAUCAUCUUCGGCACCAACCACAGGUCGCCUCCAGUCAUGGAUUCGAGCAUCUACUUCCUGUACCUCCUUCCACCCAUCGUCCUGGAGGGCGGCUACUUCAUGCCCACCCGGCCCUUCUUUGAGAACAUCGGCUCCAUCCUGUGGUGGGCAGGCCUGGGGGCCCUGAUCAAUGCCUUUGGCAUUGGCCUCUCCCUCUACCUCAUCUGCCAGAUCCAAGCCUUUGGCCUCAGUGACAUCAACCUCCUUCAGAACCUGCUGUUCGGCAGCCUGAUCUCGGCUGUGGACCCCACGGCUGUGCUGGCUGUGUUUGAGGAGGCGCAUGUGAACGAGCCGCUCUACAUGAUGAUCUUUGGGGAGGCCCUCCUCAACGACGGCAUUAGUGUGGUCUUAUACAAUAUAUUAAUUGCCUUCACAAAGAUGCAUAAAUUUGAAGACAUAGAGCCUGUGGACAUUUUGGCUGGAUGUGCCCGAUUCAUCAUUGUGGGAGUUGGGGGGGCAUUUUUCGGCAUUGUUUUUGGAUUCAUUUCUGCAUUUAUCACACGUUUCACUCAGAAUAUCUCUGCAAUUGAGCCACUCAUCGUCUUCAUGUUCAGCUAUUUGUCCUACUUAGUUGCUGAGACACUCUAUCUCUCCGGCAUCCUGGCAAUCACAGCCUGUGCAGUGACAAUGAAAAAGUAUGUAGAAGAAAACGUGUCGCAGACAUCCUACACGACCAUCAAAUAUUUCAUGAAGAUGCUGAGCAGCGUCAGCGAGACCCUGAUCUUCAUCUUCAUGGGUGUGUCCACUGUGGGGAAGAACCACGAGUGGAAUUGGGCCUUCGUGUGCUGCACCCUGGCCUUCUGCCUGGUCUGGAGAGCCAUUAGUGUAUUUGCUCUCUUCUAUGUCAGUAACCAGUUUCGGACUUUCCCUUUCUCCAACAAGGACCAGUGCAUAAUCUUCUACAGUGGCGUGCGAGGAGCUGGAAGUUUUUCACUUGCAUUUUUGCUUCCGUUGUCUCUUUUUCCCAGGAAGAAACUGUUUGUUACUGCUACUCUAGUAGUUAUAUAUUUUACUGUAUUUAUUCAGGGAAUUACAAUUGGCCCCCUGGUCAGGUACCUGGAUGUUAAAAAGACUAAUAAAAAGGAAUCCAUCAAUGAAGAGCUUCAUAUCCGUCUGAUGGAUCACUUGAAAGCUGGAAUUGAAGAUGUGUGUGGGCAAUGGAGCCACUAUCAAGUGAGAGACAAGUUUAAGAAGUUUGAUCACAGAUAUUUACGGAAAAUCCUAAUCCGAAAGAACCUGCCAAAAUCAAGCAUUGUUUCUUUGUACAAGAAGCUGGAAAUGAAACAAGCUAUUGAGAUGGUAGAGAUGGGGAUACUAAGUUCUACAACCUUCCCCACGCCCCAUCUGGCCCAGAGGACACAAGGAACCAAAAGGCUUUCCCCUGAAGAUGUGGAGUCCAUGCGGGACAUUCUGACACACAGCAUGUACCAAGUUCGCCAAAGGACCCUGUCCUACAACAAAUACAACCUGAAACCCCAAACAAGCGAGAAGCAGGCCAAGGAGAUUCUGAUCCGCCGCCAGAACACCCUAAGGGAGAGCGUGAGGAAAGGCCACAGUCUGCCGUGGGCGAAGCCGGUAAGGACUCCUGAGGCGCCUGGAGCCUCACCAGUCCCCGCUCAGGGCCUCCACUGGGGCCCACCACAGGCUAGUACCAAAAACAUCCGCUACCUCUCAUUUCCCUAUAGCAAUCCCCAGCCAACAAGAAGGAACAGGACACUUGCUGAAUUCACGGAUAAUGACAGCAGUGAUUCGGAACUCCCGUCCAUCACAUUGAAGGCGCACUGUCAAACAAGGUCACCUCAAGAAAGACAACUGGUACAAGAAAUAAUUCCAAUGAGGAAUUUACACAGAGGAAGGAAGCCAUCAAACAUCAGUUAUCAAAGAAAUGUGAGCCAAGAAGAGCAUAUUGCAGGAGGCAGAAGGGUGGCUGUAAGGCCCGAACCGCUGUUUCAUGCAGUAGAUGAGGAAUAUGAAUCUGGGCGGGAGAGUGAAGAAGAGGCCUCAGCAGAUGGGGCCAGACGGUCGGCUGAGCACAGACCCCACAGGGACCACCACAGGUCCCACAGUCCUUUGCUCCGAAGAAAAUAAUUUUGCUGUCCACAAGAUUGUUUCCAUGUGUUGUAAGAGUCCAUCUUCUGAUUAUUGUGAAAGAAGGAUUUUCAGAGUUCUGAAGAUAGCUAUUGAGUUUACUCUUAUGCAAGCUGCAUCUGCAAGAGGCAGGGAGAUUUUGUUUGGAUGACUGGGGACAAACUUGCAGGCUCUGCCACAUUCUUAGCUGGUGUACUUUGUAGAUGAAUUCCAUGGGAGUGAUAAAUGUUAAUCAUCCCAGGAAUUAUUCACUAAGGAUUCUUAAGAGUGUGUGAUCCACAUAAUGUAUUGAGAAACAAGCAUGACUGGUCAGUAAUUUACCUUGAUUAUAUGCAUGUGCCACUUAUAAUCAAGUUGUAACUUAAGAGGGGCCUUAGAAAUUGCUUGGCAAACCCCUGUGUCUCCAAAUGACACUUGGCCCAAGGUCACGUGGUGAGUUACUGUCUUCACAAGCUGGCUGACCUCCCUCCAAAGAAAAUGCAUUCAUACAUGAUUCUGAUAUGUGUUACUGGGAGAGGUACAGUUUGUCAUAGCAUUAUCAUAUUUAAUCAGUAGCAAUAACAGACGUGAUACAAACCAGAGGAUUAAUUGAUGAAUAGUUGGCUUAUAAUCUAUUUUAUAAUUGGAAUAUAUAUUUUAAAAAAAACAUAAAAAAUAGCGAUAAACAGGCUUUAAUGACAAUGACAAAACCAGCAGGUGUUUAUCAGAUGUGCAAUAUUUUCCCCUAGGGCUUGAAACUACUUUCCAAUUUAAUUUUCCAUCCUCAUCAUCCCCAGAUUGACCUUGAACUUCACACUCCAGCUCACCAACUUUGCUAGAUGACUAUCUGUCAUUCUUCCUUCCCUUCUUUUUCCCUUUCUCUCUUCUGGUCACCUAUAAUCAACAAAUAUUUAUUAAGUGCUAUUUAUUGUGCCAAAUAUCUCAUCUAUAAUAAUUGAUCAACCUUAAUGUCCUUUAUCAUUGCUAUAGUUCAUCUCUAACCAUCCCAACUGAUUAAAUCCUAUGCCUCUUUAAAGGCCAUAAUCCAUUGAUCCCUGCUCCCUACAUCCCUCUUAAUCCCCUUAAUCAGGAGUGAGCAUGUGAUUCCCUUCCUCUUGGGUGCCCCCACACCACACUGGGUAAGUCAUAGAACUUGUCUGGGAAUUACACUUAUACACAUGCAACGUGCAACUACUGUGGUCUGAAGGGUGGAGAGUAUAGUCUAUUCUAUUUAUUUUAUAUUUUAUCCAUUUAUCAUUUUUUUAAGUCCAGGCUUUACCAUUUUUGUGUAUUUUUUUUAGCUUUUAUCAAUUUUUUUCUCUUAGUUUAAAUAAUGGUAUCUUGUGCAUGGCAGAUGAUCUAUAAACAUUGAAGUGACUAUUUCAUUUUAAGGCUGGAAAGGACACUAGAGAAGAUAUUGUCAGACAUUCUUAUUUUCCAGAUGAUAAAAAUGAGGUUUUGAGAGCUACCUGGUGCCAGUUCAGGGUCUGCUUUCCUUUGAAGGACAUGGAACUGUGCUCUAGUAUAACCCAUGGAUAACAGUGACUGACAAAGAUAUGUGUUCCCCUGAAUUUAUAUUUUGUGAAUGGCAUUCACUCAGGUUCCUUCUGCAGUGGUAGAAAUAUCAAUCAAAGGGUCCCACUUUCUUUCUGCUGAAUCUGAAAUAUAAGACUGCUUCUAAGUUGUCCACAUUUUUUGACCUUAAUAAAAACUAUAUCCUACCAAAUAGUAGCAAUCCCCAAAGCAAUAGAAAUACAUAUAAAACCCAAUGAUCUCUGGGUUUUUCUUUUUGUUUAAACGAACACGCAAAGGUUUUACAAAGAAAAAAACCUUUAAGCCCCAUGAGAGGGAGUCAGUGAGUCAUUAUCCUUAAAGUAUAGAUGGACAUAAGAGAAACAGAAGUCGUGAGAAAUUCCAAAGCCAUACACAAGCCUGAUUCUUGAGAGGUGCAGAGUGUCAAUGUCACUUACUUGACUCUCCAUGUACUGCCAGAGAUUCAGAUUGCAAAGGCCCCUUCCCAGAGCCAGCGAGGUCUAAGGAUUAGUGCAAUCCAUUGAACUCUUCUGCUGUUCUGAGAUGCUGGUGCCACUUGGGAGAGGGAUGGUGGGAUUUGGUGAGUAGAUUGGAACUUGGUAGAAGCUAUAGUGGAGCUAUGUACCUAGAGGCCAUUUGUUCAUCUAGACACUGUUGGGCCAGAGCUGCCCAAGUCUGGGAGGCAGCCCUGGAGCGCCUUCCUUAGAGGUUUGGCUGGUUGAGGGCCCUAGUGGCCCUGGGAGCUCUGGCAGACUUUGAGCACUCAUGGUGGAAAUGGCCUCUUUGUGUACUCCUCCAGGACUGUUUCAAAAUGCAGUGUGAGCUGAUCUUCAUUGCACAGGGGAUUGGCUGAGGGUGUACUGGUUCCCCGGAGAAUGCUCUUGGGUAUCAGUUUUGUAUGAUGAGUUUUUCUAACAGGUGCUGAGCAGGGCAGCGGAGAAAGUGCCCUGUUGAGUGUUGAGGAAGAUCUGGUUCUUGUUCCCUCCUCAGUCAGGGAGGGGAUGGACUCCUGUAGGAGUGCUUUCCUAGGCCUCGUGCCUGGUCCACUGAGCCAUACACUUUCUCUUCCAGUGGUAGAAUUUGCCUUCUUAUGUUGAACCUCAGAAAGUCACAAAUACGCCACAAAGAUCAAUUUCCUAACAUAAGUUUUGUGUUUGUUUUGUUUUUUACUUUUUCAAACCUAUUCAUAUUGCUAGCUUGAAUGUUCUUGGGUUUCAGUGAAUUCUGAAAUCGGAUAAAGUAACAUGUCCUUUUAUUUAUCUUAUAUAGCAGCUCUCUGACUUAAUAGUUUUCACAUAUUUUCUGGCAUUUUGAAUGUGGAAAUGUUCUUAUUCAUCCUCCCCAAACCUGAUGUAAUGCUGUGGGACCUCUCUUGUCUUGAAUCAACCUGCUAAAAGAGAAACAUUGGCUAUAGAAGGGAAUUUACUGUGACAAAGUGAAGGUGAGGUUCUGCACACUUUAUUAUACUUCUUUCAUGCUUUUCUCUGUCUCUUGAAGGCCAUAUACUUCUGUGCUUCUCUUCUUGGCAAAAGUUAAGGGGUCAGGGAAGGUUGGGCUCCAAAUUCAGUGACAGAAUCGUCAUUCCUGUAGAAGAGGUGACUACAAUGGCAGGUGUGUGGCAGAACUCAGAUCUUCAACCCACAGUGCUGGCUUCAGCUUGUAGGGAAGCUCCUAGAAUACUUCUUUACCUAUUCAGAUUCCUGCCACUCAGAUCAUUUAGAUUUUUGAACCAAUCAGAGCCUGAACUCUGAAGUUAGACCACUUUUAGCUGUGGGACCAUGGGCUGAAAUUUAUCAAUUGAUAAGGUAAUAAUUUAUCUACCUCACCAAAUGAUAGUGAGGAUUAAAUGAGUUAUAUGUAAAAUUCUUAGCUUGUGCUUGUUUUCUAGUAAGAGCUUGAACAGCUAUUACCUAGGCUAAAAUAUCUGUACUCAUGAGAGAGGACACACAUUGAUUUACUCACCUAAAGAGGUGCAAAUAACAAACCUCUGAGACUUUUCUAAGAGUCAAUUUGACUGACAUAAUAGGGCCACUGCUUUUAUUAAGAACAUACUAUGGGCCUUGCUUUUAUUAAGAACUUUACCUACAUAUUUUAAUACUAAUUUGGGGGCUCUGGGCAGAGGCUAUGGCAGAAACAGAGGGCACUGAGGAACAUGGUCACAACUCUCUGGUUGUGUCCCCAUUCAGCUUCCAUAAAUCAAUAGCAAAACCAGGUCUGGAUAUGGACUCUUGUUUCUCAAGCAAAAUUUGUUUAUUUUUUUGCUUUAAUUCCGAAUUAUUGCAUUUUCUUGCUUUGGGGACAGUUACCCUGGUGUCCAGUUUUAAUCACAGUUUAUUCUCAAAGGGACAAUAAAUUUAGAAGCCCUGCCUCUGCAUGUCAUGAUAGGCAUUUCACGAUAGGAACCUGGUGAAGAAAGGGCAAACUUCUCUUUGUUGGGGGAAUACUCAAUGGAGUUUAAUUCCUCAGCUUAGAAUCUUUUCUAUAAAAUAACUUCUCUCCAAUAACUGAUUCUCUUAAUUUAGGAAUAUUAACUAGAGAGAAAAGCAUUUAAGAAUUUUCAGCAAGGAAAAAAAACAGUUUCUAGUAUGUUUCAUAACUUUCUAAAAUUAGGGAAUAAAGCCAGUGAACAUGUUGCUGUUGUGAAAGGUCUUUGCAAGUAUGUUUUAUCCACAAAUAAUACAGGUGGUUUCUCACAGUUUUUCGUUUCAUUUUCCUGACUAAACUCUGUCAAGUAUCUUAUUUAUGACUCCUCCUGAGAAAAUCCAGCAGCGCAGACAGAAAGCUUCCUUUUAGGACAUCAGUCACUGUUAAUUGUUAAUUGGGCCAUAAGCCCUGGGGAAUAAAAGCGAUGCCUGCCUCAGCGCUAUUCACUCCUAUAAUUAGCAAGUGAUAUGUUGUUUCAUCUGUGCACAGUACUUGAUUUAAUAAAUUCUUUUUCUUUUUGAGACUCCAAUGAGUUUCCAAGCUAGGGGUGAUUAAGCAAGUGUGACAAAUUAGAAAUCCAAAUUUCCAUUGCCCAGCCUCCUUCAGGAAACUCAGCAAAGGGCGUGGAACCCUUCUGUAGGCUGACCCUGGACAAUCAUGACUGUGUUCAGGCUCAGUAAUACAGAUCUCAAGUCAAAAUGGGUGGUCUGGAAAUCAAGGUAUAUGAGAUGUGUUCUAAGAAAUCAGUCUUGAAUAGAAAAGUAAAAUAACUAACAUUUAUAGAGUGCUUUAGUAAGGCAAUUAUAUAAAAUGAUUCACAAAAUAAAUGCAGUAUCACCCUGUCUUAAAUGAAAGGAUACAUGUUUAGAGAGAUUAAAUAACAGGUUCAAUAUCUUCCUGCUUCCCGUAAAGACCAUGCAGACCAGGUCUGUCUCAUUCAUAACCUCCUACCUAAACGUUCUUGCUUAGAAGAAAUGGAAACUUAAUGAGUGACUCAAAGCCACAUAUAGUUCUCUUUGUUACCUGGGAGCAAUCCAGUGGGAAGAAACAGAAGAGCUCUGUCCUACCAAAAGAGAACUUUGUUUUAAAAUGGACAGAUAAUAGAGCAGAAGAUGACGUGAUUUUGAAAAUCUAUUUUCACAAACAAAGGAUGAUCUAAAGAGUACACGAUGAGCAGGAUUUUGAUCAAUUGUGUUGUUAAGAUUGUUUUUUGAAGACAAGUAAAAUGUUUUGUGUCUGAUUUUA